UAUUGUAGCAUUUCAUCAAACUGGAUAAAAGAUAAAAAAAGAAAACCGAUAUCUUUUUUUUAUUGGCUGAUGAAUUGGGAAAAGACUAGAAAUUUUUAUAUAUAAAAACGUCAAAGUAAUUUUUUUUCUAUUUUUUCCUUUUUUUUAUUAUCUACUAGAUAUUAUAUAUAUAUAUAACAAUAUGGUGACCGUACUUCCUUUCUCUGAACGACAACAACCUGAUACUCUUGUUCUUUUUGAUGUUGAUGGUACAUUGACUCCUGCUCGUCAAGAUGUUUCUCCUGAAAUGUUAAAUGUUCUUGCUGAACUUCGUCAAAAGGUAGUCAUCGGUUUCGUUGGUGGAUCUGAUCUUGUCAAACAAGAAGAACAACUUGGCAAUAAUGUUCUUGACUUGUUUGACUAUUGUUUCCCUGAAAAUGGAUUGUCUGCCUAUCGACUUGGCAAGAAAUUGGAAUCUCAAAGCUUUAUCGGUUGGAUUGGUGAAGAAGAUUAUACAAAAUUAGUAGACUUUUGUUUACGAUAUAUUGCUGAUAUGAAAUUGCCGAAGAAACGUGGUACCUUUAUUGAAUUCCGUAAUGGUAUGAUCAACGUAUCUCCAGUAGGUCGUAACUGCUCUCGUGAAGAAAGAAAUGAAUUUGAAAAGUUUGAUUUGGAACACAAAUUACGGGAAAAGUUUGUUGCAGCAUUGAAGAAGGAAUUUUCUCAUUUGUCAUUGACUUAUUCUAUUGGUGGACAAAUCUCAUUCGAUGUUUUCCCUACUGGUUGGGAUAAGACUUAUUGUUUAGGUCGAGUGAAGGAUGAAGGUUUCAAAACUAUUCAUUUCUUUGGUGACAAGACAUUCCAAGGUGGUAAUGACUAUGAAAUCUAUACUCAUCCUGACGUGACAGGCCAUUCCGUGACUAGCCCUGAUGAUACCAUUCGCAUUUUGAAGGAACUUUUCCCUUAGAUUAGUAUUAGUUUUAGUUAUUACAAUCAGUUAUUAUUAUUAUUAUUAGUAUUGUUUUUUUUUUUUUUGUUUUUUUGUUUUAUUUUUACUGGAUUAUUU